GGAUCCUCUGCUCAUAAAAUUAUAGCAUUUCUUUUUUUUGAUCCGCUAUAGCAUUUCAUUAAAGUAGAUAGGGUUCCGGGAAAAUCUUCAGGCGCCAAUACUUGCCGCCCAAAGUCACAAAAAAUUCCAAUUGCUCCAUCAAAAUCAGAGGCGCUAGAUCUCCCAAUCACUUCGCUCGAACUGGAGCUUGAUAUCUCAAGCAUUGCGAACUGAUUUUGCUCGUUAAUGGAUCGAUUUCUCGUGUCCUAGGGCUUCAAUCGUGCACACCAGAAUCAAAGCCAUAUUCCGACAUAUUGCACUGGCAGGAGCAAACAAUCAGUUUGGAAACUUCUCACCAGCUAUAGGAAAGAAAUGGAUAACUCCUCGCAGUUGUAUAACAAGAUGAAGAAAGUUGUUGUUGUUGUAUGGUCUAGGCUACCUAAGGUACCGGAGGAGGAGGGGAAGGUUGAGGAGGACGAGGAGGAGGGGCUCAUGACUUAUUUUGGGGCUGGUGUGGUGAUCGAUGACCGGGGAUAUAUUUUGACCUGCGCACAUUUGGUGCCCCGUGGUUUUGAGGUCACUGUACGGCGAUCGGAUGAAGAUGCCUUUCAGGAGGCUUAUGUGUUGCAUAGGUCCGUUAAGGAAGAUUUAGCUAUUCUGAGAACAGGGAGAGUUGGUCAAUAUGAGUUCUGUCAAUUCGGUGAUACAAGUUCUUUACAAAUGGGGAUGCCCGUAUUUGCUUUAAUUCAUGCUAACAAGGUAGAGUUUAGUUUUGUAGCAGGUGAUGUUGUUUGUCCUGAGAGGCCGAAAGAACAUAUUCCUCCUGCCUUUUUCAACUUUUCUUACCCCGACGGAAGUUCAUUUAUUCAGAUUAACAACCUGCAUUGUUCUAGUUGUUCACAUGGAGCUCCAGUUUUUGACUCAACUGGGAAAGUGCUCGGAUUGAUAGCUGUCACCGCUGGAUUUGAUUUCGCUAUCCGUCUUCCGCCUUUAAAGAAGCUUGUGAGGUGGUGCAAAGGACACCUGUAAAUAGUUUUACUAGUUGCAUAUUUGAGGAUCAUGAUGUACCUUUUGUUGUUGUCGUCUCUAGUGGUUUGUAAGCUCUUUGUUUGUGAAAACAGUAGGUUUUGGUGGUCUAUUUUGAAUUGGUGUGUAUUCGGAUAUUGGUUGGGUUUAUAGAUGUUCUUUUUCAAUGGGACUACAGAGAUAAGUGCAAACAGAAAUGCAAUCAGAGUUGAAUUGGAAUCAUAUUUAGA